CUCUCUCUCUCUCUCUCUCUCUCUCUCUCUCUCUCCUGUAUAUGUAUAUGCCAGUGGAUUCUAGAAGAUAAAACUCGUAAUUCAAUUCAACACUUUCCACACAGUUCGUGCGCACAAUACCACCAGAAGCAGUGGCCUCCGUUAGUGAAACACUCGUUAUGUUGAAGCGUCUAGAAGUUAAUGGAUACAUUUUAAAUCGAAUUCAAAUUGCGAAUUCAAAAACAUCCUCGAUUCAGAUUUCCAAACAUAAGAAGACGAAACCCCCAUUAAGGAAUGUGUCAUUCAUUCAUUGACCGGAGCGACUCGUUGGUAUUCCUGAUGACAGAGUGACAGAGUCAGAGUGACAGGCUCGACCCGUGCAACAGGAUCUGAGGAUACAUCUGCUCCACCUCUAAAUCCACCUGUUGUUCCGCUGGGAAUCAGUUGGAGUUGAGCUUUGGUUUGGACAGCGGCAGCAGCAUGGAAGAUAUUGUAGGUUCCCCCUGGAGUGAGAGGGUGUCUGGAGUGUUUGCCUAUGAGAGUUCAAAGGUCGACUGGUGUGAGGAGAACUACAGGCACUCUGAACAUGUGGUUGAGUACUUUAACACGGUGAGCAACCUGAUCUUCUUCAUCAUAUCUCCCAUGAUGCUGUACCUGCUGCACCCCUACGCGAGAGAGAGGCACCAGGCCGUUCACCUGGUGUGGCUCAUGAUGGUCUUCGUCGGAGUGUUCUCGCUCUACUUCCACAUGACUCUGAGCUUCCUGGGCCAGAUGCUGGACGAGCUGUCCAUCCUGUGGGUGCUGGCUCUGGGCUACGCCCUCUGGUUCCCUCGCAGGCGCUUCCCCUCCUUCAUCAAGGACAGAAGGAGCUUUGGGAGGUUGGUCCUGAUUAUCACGGCCCUCACCACAGUGUCGUCCUUCGUCAAGCCUACCGCCAAUGCCUACGUCCUCAACGUCUUUGGCCUCCAGCUGCUCUAUGUACUGCGGAUGGAAAUGAAACACUGUACUGACCCCAAGGCGCUGCGUCUGGCCAAGAGGAUGGUGGCUCUGUGGGUGCUGGCCAUCACCUGCUGGAUCAGCGACCGCUUCGGCUGUGCCUUCUGGCAGGAGCUCAACUUCUGCUACCUGCACGGGAUCUGGCACAUCCUGAUUGUGAUGGCUGUGGCCUACGGCACGACCCUCAUCGCCUUCCUAGACGCCAGCUAUGAGAUUCCCUAUUCCCUUCCUGGAAUACAGUACUGGCCAUGUGACCAGUGGGAAGUCGGAUUGCCCCACAUUGUACUAAAAGGCAACACCAAGUUGAGGAAAGAAUGCUAGCGAACCAAAUCUAAAAGAAGAAAAUGAGCUGCUGGAAAAACCUCAUGCAUGUUCCGUCAUUUUUUCCCAGUAUGUAACUGUUAUUAAAGGUGCUAUAGGUAUCGUACUCUAUGGUACAGUACUCUAUGGUACAGUACUCUAUUGGUACAGUACUCUAUUGGUACAGUACUCUAUGGUACAGUACUCUAUGGUACAGUACUCUAUUGCUAUCGUACUCUAUGGUACAGUACUCUAUUAGUACAGUACUCUAUGGUACAGUACUCUAUGGUAGAGUACUCUAUUGGUGUCGUACUCUAUUAGUACAGUACUCUAUUAGUACAGUACUCUAUGGUACAGUACUCUAUUGGUACAGUACUCUAUGGUACCGUACUCUAUUAGUACAGUACUCCAUUAGUACAGUUACUUAUCUAUGGUACAGUACUCUAUGGUACAGUACUCUAUUAGUACAGUACUCUAUGGUACAGUACUCUAUGGUACCGUACUCUAUUAUUACAGUACUCUAUGGUACCGUACUCUAGAGAGCUUACCGUUCUCCGUAAUAGUGUUUAAAAGAAAUAGCUGUCAAAGAAAAUGACCCCAUGGACAUUUUUUAUAUGCUUAAAGUGAAUGCAUUCAAUCUUUUUAACUCUUCACUUAUAUACCAUUGGGUAUUUUGGCAUUCAUUGGACUUUUUAACCGCAAUGAAAUAGUGAUAUUUGCUGUUUUUUAAAUGCAAGUAUUUUUUUAUAGAAUUACAAUUGUGUUAUAGAAUGGAAACCCAUUCCUAAUAACUGCAUGAUGUGUGUAUUGCAUUUAUAUUCAUUGCACUUUUACACUUUUAUAAUCAAUUUAAGCAUCUCCAAUGUUGUAUUACCUUGAAUGGAUCCAUUCUAUAUUUAUCAACUUUUUGGUAAAUAUAAGAAUAUUUAGUACAACUCACUUAAGCAAGUGCUGAGAUUCAAACUAGCAACAAUGUUAUUUGUCUUCCGUUUUCAUUGGCUCUUGCCAGACUUUAAAAAUGAUGGAGUUUGAUUACAGUGUUUGUAAACAUUAAGUCUGGGGUACCCUAACCCGACAUCUAACCAAACUAGUUCAGGAGAGAGGGGGUCCAUGUUGAGGGGUGAUAUGACCGGGCCGAGGGCAGAGGGCCGAGGGCCGAGGCCACUCGUCAGGGAGACAGUGGUGACUUUCUGCCCUGAAGCAGAGGCCAGAUCCGAUCAGACCACCAGGGCUGGAUGGUGACUCUCCAUCUCCCUCUCUCUGUCAAAACCAAGACAUUCAAUCACAACAGAUGCUACUUUCAUUUAACAUCAUCUGCAAUGGAAGCCGUGCGAUAUGCUACUUUAGGGUCAGGUGCAAUCAUUUCCACAUGAUUCGAGAUAUGCAGCAAUUGACCUAGUAGAUUAGUUUGAUUACCCAAAUUAAUUCAAACAAAUAAUGAUAUCAGCUGCCAAUGCUAAAUAACUGAUAGCAAAAAUAGUUGAGAGACACAAAUGUGUAUUUGAUUUUUGUGGAGGAAACAGAAAAUUAAAUAAUCAGUGUCUGCAUUCUUAUACUGUUUAUUAUUGUCAGUUCGACUCAAUAAAAAUGUAGAAUCCAUCUAUUUUAUUUUAUUUCAGUUCAUAAUAAAUUGUUAUCCCCCUACCGGCACAUUCAUA